AUGCCCAACGGAGGCUGCGGCUGCUGCGGAGGAGGCAGAAGCUACUCCGUCACCUGCUACAGCAGCCCCAAGUCCUGCAAGACCCCCGUGUGCUGCUCCCCCAUGCAGUGCUGCAGCCCCUGCUGCACGCCCAUGCAGUCCUGCUGCAUGCCCAUGACCUGCUGCUACACCAUGAGCAGCAACAACAACAGGGGCUGCUGCGGCGGCUGCUGUGGUGGCAACUAA